AUGAUAUCUGCUACUCGAGGAUGGUUGCGACGGAACAGAACGCCCAUCGCGGUUGGAGUUGGGGUGGUUGGAGCUGGCUAUGUAGUCAGUCAAUACGUGUUGGGGAAGAUUUCUGAUGCACGAGAGCGCAUGAGCGGCGACCGCAUAGCGCGGGAGAAUCUCCGGCGGCGAUUCGAACAAAACCAGGAGGAUUGUACUUUUACGGUCCUCGCCCUCCUCCCAACAGUUACAGACAAUAUCCUCGCAGAAAUGGAAACCGAACGAAUUACCUUUGAGCUUCAGCAGCAGAAGGCUGCCAAAUUGGCGCGCAACGGGGAGCCUCAUCCGUCUGAGUUAGGCUCUGGUCCGCCCAGCGUCACAGAUGACGAUCGAAGCAUGGUCAGUUUACAGAGCGAGAGCGGGGUACAUGCAAGCCAGAUGGGCAUUCCGUCUGUCACCUCAGCGGGAGAUGGGCCCCAAGACGGAGGGCAACAGGCGCAAAAGGCACGGAAGACGAAGUUGCAAUUGUGGAAUGAUCUCAAAAUCAGUGCAAUUACUCGGGCUUUCACCCUUAUAUACACGCUUACCCUACUUACAUUGCUUACUCGGAUACAACUGAACCUGCUGGGGCGACGAAGCUACCUGUCGAGCGUGGUAUCUCUUGCAACUGGUGGUGUGGAACAAUCCACAAUCAGUCUAGAGAAUCAUGACGAUGAUAAUCCAGAUCAAGCAUACGGCAAUGAUUUUGAGACGAAUAGGCAGUAUUUGACAUUCAGCUGGUGGCUGUUGCAUCAGGGGUGGAGAAAAAUCAUGCUGAAGGUGGAGGAGGCAGUAAAGGAAAUAUUUGGGCCCCUAAGCCCGAGAGAUGAUAUCAGUAUGCAGAAGCUAUCUGAGUUGACUCUAGAGGUGCGGAAGAAGGUUGAAGGCGCUACAGAGGAGGACAGACAAGCUAGCAAGUGGCUGGAAUACUUACUUCCGCCCCAGGAGCAAGAAGAGCUCGUGCUCAAGGAGUCUGGCAUGACUACUGAUGCGUCCUCUGCAUCUGCUACCACUUCGCCAGCUCUUCGGCGACUUCUGGAUGAGACAUCGGACCUCAUCGAUUCGCCGCCAUUUGCUCACGUGUUGACUCUGCUGUUAGACGCGGGAUUCUCGACCUUGAUUGACCAAAAGGUUGCGCAGCAGGCAUACAAAGCGCCAGCUGUGCCUGAAGUUCCUGAUUUAGAUGCACCAAGAAUUACUGAGCUCCACGACCCCAAGCCUGUAAAGCUACCAAUCGUCCUUGCAAUCUUUACCCGCCAAGCACAUUCAAUUGGAAACGGGGUGCCAAACGAAUACCUCCAAGCGGUGGAACAGGUCCGGGACCUCGAGGCCUUCGCAGCGGUGGUAUAUUCAAGCAAUUGGGAGAGCGAAAUCAGCCCAAUCAAAGAUGAAGGCAGUUUCCCAGGAAAAGAUAGCCCUAGAGGACCAGAAAGCGUUAUAACAGAGUCACCACCACAAGAAGAGGUUGUUGCUGGACAAGACAGUGUUGUGGAUGUUGGGACAGCAAGCACGUUUGAGAGUGCCUGGGGUAAAGCAGUGGACACUCCUGAAAAGCCAACGUGA